CAUGGGGGUCCAGGAUGGUACAAAGGCACUCGCUCGCCCUGAGAGCUCACAGCUCAAGGUUGGGUUCUGAACUUUGCUCUGAGGACAGUUGGUUUGUGCUCAUGGAGAUGGAGAGCUGUCUGUUCAUCCUCAUGCUCUCAUCCCUGCUCAUGUCCACCACAGCUGACAGUGAUGUGAGGCUGGUGAAUGGAAACAGUCCUUGUGAGGGAAGAGUGGAGGUUCGUCAUGAAGGACAGUGGGGAACUGUGUGUGGUUAUGAGUGGGAUAUAACGGAUGCCUCAGUGGUGUGUAGACAGAUCAUGUUCUGUGGAGAUGCUGUAUCAGCACCGCAAUACGGUCACUUCGGAGAAGGAAAAGGGAAGAUCUGGAUGGAUUACGUGCGAUGUAGUGGGUCGGAAUCUACACUGAAGGACUGUGAACACAGAGGAUGGGGUCAACAUUAUUGUACACAUCCUCUUGACGCUGGAGUCAUCUGCUCAGGUUUAGCUGUACGCCUGGCAGGGGGACCUCACCCGUGUUCUGGGAGACUAGAAUUCCACCAUAAAGACUCAUGGUACACAGUGUGUGACCCCGACUUCGACCUCCAGGACGCAAAAGUUGCGUGUCGACAGCUGGGCUGUGGGACACCUGUACAGGUGCAGGGAGCAGUUUUUGGUAAAGGGGACGACCGGGUGUGGAAGAACAAGGUUGAGUGCGGAGGCAAUGAACAUAAUUUUGGUCAGUGUGUGAGAUCAUCCACAAAGGACACAAAGUGCACUCAUGACACUGAUGUGGGACUGGAGUGUUUUUGGUACACAAACUCCAGCCUGGUGGACGGCCCAGACUCCUGUUCCGGGAGAGUGGAGUUACAGUACCUCACUGAGUGGGGCACAGUGUGUGAUGCAUCCUGGGAUCUGAGAGCAGCCAAUGUCCUCUGUCAGCAGCUGGGCUGUGGGAGCGCUGUGGCAGUGCCAGGACAGGCCUGGUUUGGAGAGGGCAAGGGUUCCGUCUGGGCUGAUGUGUUUGAGUGUCAGGGGAAGGAGACACACCUGUCCCAGUGUGCUGUUUCUUCAUGGAACCGAGCUCCAUGCUCUCAUGAACAUGAUGCAGGAGUUAUCUGUAAUGGAUCAUCUCUCUCAACCCUCAAUGGGACGGUCCGACUGUCUGGAGAAGGUGGCUGUGGGGGUCAGUUGGAGGUUCACUACCAACACACAUGGAGCAGAGUUCUCCUGGACUCCUGGAGCUUCAGGGAGGCUGCUGUGGUCUGCAGACAGCUGGGCUGUGGUUCUGCAGUGAGGAUCUACAGCUCCUCCCUGUCUGGGACAGGGGACACUGAUGUGUGUCUCACAGGGUAUCAGUGCUCUGGGACUGAGUCUCACCUGUUCAACUGCAGUGCUCCAGAUACAGUCAACUGCAGUUCCAGCUCAUAUGUGUCCAUAGUGUGUUCCAGUGAGUACAACAGGUCCCUGAGGCUAGUGGGUGGUGAGGGCGGCUGUGCAGGGAGGCUGGAGGUGUUUCACCAGGGCUCCUGGGGGACAGUGUGUGAUGACUCCUGGGACCUGAAUGAUGCUCAGGUGGUGUGCAGACAGCUCCAGUGUGGGACAGCUCUCCGCUCCACCUCUUUUGGUCCAGGAAAUGGAUCUAUAUGGCUGGAUGAGGUUGGCUGGGUGGGGAACGAAUCAUCUCUGUGGGACUGUCCCUCUUCACAGUGGGGGAACCAUGACUGCGUUCACAAGGAGGAUGUUGGAGUUGAGUGUUCAGAGUACAAAGAUCUGAGACUGGCUGAACGUUGCUCCGGGCAGGUGGAGGUUUACUACAAUGGCACCUGGGGAAACGUGUGUUUCAGUCAAAUGGAGACCAAUACAGCAAGUCUAAUAUGUCAGCAACUCAACUGUGGGAAGAGCGGGACUGUUUCUAGUACAGAAUCUCGACUGAAAGGAGCUCCAAACUGGCUGGAUAUUGUCAAAUGUCGCCCACAUGACUCCACACUGUGGCAGUGUCCAUCCUCUCCCUGGGGACAGAAUAAAUGUGAUGAUGGUGAAGUGGCCCUCAUUACCUGUGAACAAAAAAAUGUGGCUUUGAAAGGAACGGCAACUCAGUCGUCCCAAUAUGACUCUUAUGGUGCUGCUGGCAAUGCUAUUGAUGGAAACAGAAAUACAAAGUAUACAGGUGGGUCCUGCACUCACACCAAGCAGGACUCCAAACCAUGGUGGAGAGUGGACCUGCAGGAUGUUUUCACUGUGACCUCAGUGACCAUCACCAACAGAGGGGACUGCUGCUCAGAGAGAAUCGAUGGGGCAGAGAUUCGUGUUGGAAACUCCCUGGAUGACAAUGGCAACCAGAAUCCCCUAUGUGCAGUGGUUCCCUCCAUCGCAGCAGGAGAGUCUAGUUCCUUCCAGUGUAAUUGGACAAUGGGACGCUAUGUCAACGUGGUCCUCCCAAAACCCGGCAUCCUGACUCUGUGUGAAGUUGAAGUUAAUGGACAUGAUAGCAGUGGCUACCUGCCCCUGAGACUGCAGGGGGGCAACACGAUGUGCUCAGGGAGGGUGGAGCUGUGGUAUGAGGGCUCCUGGGGGACCAUCUGUGAUGACUUAUGGGACAUAAAUGAUGCCCAGGUGGUCUGCAGACAGCUGGGUUGUGGGACAGCACUGAAGGCUCAUGGGAAUGCUGCCUUUGGGAGAGGAAACGGUCAAAUUUGGCUGAAUGAGGUGAAGUGCUGGGGCAGUGAGCUCCACCUGCGGGACUGUCCUCACUCUCUUCAGGACCACAGGACCUCCUGCUCUCACAAAGAGGAUGCUGGUGUCACCUGUGAAGGCAUAUCUUCUGAAUUUACAUCUACUACAGAAAUUCCAGGAACAUCCACAAGUAAAACCUCAGCAAGACCAGAUGUUACCAAAGCACCACGCCAAACACCCUUGUCCAUCCCUCUUGUGGUGUUCCUGGUGCUGGGGGCUCUGCUCUUCCUACUGCUGGUGCUUCUGGCUGGACAGUUGUACCAGAACAGGGUUCUGAAGAGAGCCCUGUAUCAGGGGGGUCUCACCCCUCUGCAUGAGGCCAUUUAUGAAGAGAUAGAGUACAACUUGACCAGGGGAGAGACGUACAGAAACCCCAGAAAAGGAAGUGUCCUGUCUGAGGAUGUGCCUUCUGGGUAUGAAGAUGUGGAGGACAGUGAGGGAGACCCCCUCUCAGGGACAGAUGGGAAGAAAGAAUACUAUGACGAUGCUUUUCCUCUGGAGAAAAGUGCAGGUGGUCUGUCAGAGGAUCUGCGUACAGGAGACACAGCAGAGGACUAUGAUGAUGCUGUUACCACAGGACAGAGUCCAGGUUCAGCACUGAUGGGGACAGAAGACAUAGAGGAGGACUAUGAUGAUGCUGUGGGUGUAGAACAGAGUCCACAUGUGUUACCAGGAGAGAAAGCGUUGACCACUCUGCCCCCUGGUGAGGGACCCCCUGGUCCUGACCACACUGACUAUGAUGAUGUGGGAGAUGGAGGAUCGUCUGCAGUUCUGGAAUCUCUCUGUGACUCAGAGUCCAGUCUGUGUUUGAAGGUCCUUCUGCCCAAAGCUUCAAACCAACAGGCUCAUCAAGAUCUGAUGUUUCUGAAGUAGCUGGUAACACAGUAACCUUUGAUUUUUAAGUUUUCAUUUUUCUUGUAAAAGUGUCUUUUCAGUCUUGAGGAGUAAAUUUUCAUAAAUUGUUGUAAUAUUACAAAUGCAAAUUUAAUUUUU